CCUAGCGGACGACUCACCAGAGCCUUCAAAGCGUAAUGUUAGCCCCUCAAAUACUACCAGAGUCUUAAGAACAGGGGCAAGGAAACAGGAAUCUGUCAGACAUAAUGACACGGGUCAUGAAGAUGUACAAGGAGAACAUGUAAAUAGACCAAGUGAAGGACGUGUUGGGAAUAGAGCUGCAGGACCUGUUAGCCCUAUUAGCCCUGCGGUUAGAGAUCAUGCUGCUGAGAUACGGGCCAUUGUCAGUCCUGGGUAUCUUGGCGCCCCGGUACCUGACGAUGACGUUAGCAUUAACCCUCCUGAUCGUAGACGCUUUGGACGUUACGGAAGGUUUGAUUCUACAAAUCUUAGUGACUACCGGCGACGCCCCGAUAUGCCUCAUGCCACUCCUAGCUCUCAUACUGCUGGUAGCUCUCAUAUUGCUGGGGCCUCUCAUGUUGCUGGUGGUGGCUCUCAGGUCGCCGGUAGCCCCUAUUCCGGCAACAUCAUCACCACCACCAACCAGAUGAACGUCACGAUCAACGAGAAUUCCCACAAUUCUCGUUCUACUGGGGAUUCCCAACAAAAAGCUAUGGCGGGUCCUACCCAGGCAGCUCCACGUUUUCAAACUAGACUUCAAAAAGAGCCACCUUUCCCACCUCCCAACUUCCCACCUCCACCUCCUCCUUCCAGACAUCAUUCCAGCACACAAAAUCUCAAGGGAAUCAAAAAUCGCCACGCAAAAGCUACAUUAACUUCCAGCAGGACCACUGAGGACUUACUUGCAUUAGCAGAAGAACUAGCAGCGAAGUGCGCUCUUCAUUCCCAACAGGAAACAUCGUCGGCUGGUGUGAUGCCUGCGGGGGAAUCGGUACCUGAACCACGAUUGGCGGCAAGCACGGUGCGAUUCCCUUCAUUCGGAGAUAGUAGCUCGGUUUACGACUCGUCUUCUGUUUACUCUCUAAGUUCGCACGAGGAAGCUGAACUGCUAGGUCUUAUCCAGAACAACGACGACGGUCCUCAUUUGCCUCAAGUGACGGCGCAGACCAUGGACAAUCAUCUCCAGAAAGAAGGCUCCUUCUCGGGACAGUCCGAUGAAAUGGACGCCUGCAGCUCUUCUGGCUACAAUGCCACGCCCCAAAGCGUGAUGGACGCGACUUCGGAGCUCAAGCGUAUGGUUGAAGGCUAUUCAUCGGAUACCCAGCCUAAUACCCCUCUGAUUGACCGCUUCCAGAGAACCCGUCAUCGCCAGGUACAGCUGCAGGUCGAUUCUGAGGACUCGGAUCCCGAAGACCUUCCCAAGGCUCCGGUGAUCAACCGUCCCCAGUCUCGCCGAGUUCGUCGUGGCAAUGAACAGAUCCACCCGUCCUCGAUUGUUGCCGCAAGCACGCCUACUCGUGCUCUGACCAACGAGAAUAUCCGAGCCCUCAUCCGUGAGGAGAUGGCCCGAUUCCAGAAUGACGACUACACCGGACGAGUUAGUCGGCCCGCUGCUUUGGCUGCAAUGCAGCAUAGCCUAUAUCAGCAGCCCCUACGAACCGAGGCCGGAUUACGAACUUUUAUCCGACACCAGGUUGUUUUACGUGCUCCUGGAAUUUCUGCGUUUUAGAGCACCGCGGAACUCCAUGCGCACAAUACUACGGCUGAGGAUCGAAUCUUCGAUGAGCUUAUGCACGCCAUCGAUGUCCAACAAAACACUAGCCAACAGGCAGGCAUGCUGCAGGAUGACCCCUUCUAUCACGCUCCGAACCAGGGUCUCUUCUAUUCGGCCCCAAGCCCUCCUCAUGCUGUGGUUCAAGGGCAUGCGCAGGGAUAUGCGCAGGGACAUGCACAGGGACAGUUACAGUGGCAGGUGCAGCACCAGCACCAGCACCAGCAC